CGAGCGGCGCGGCGCAGGGGCCGACGGGGGCGCUGGGCGGCUGCGCCGGAAGUGCCCGGAACCCCGGAGGAAGCGCAGCGGCCGCUAGGCUGCCGAGCCGGCGGGGAGACCCUGAGCUCCUGGGCUGGGCGCGGGCUGCUGGGAACAGGCAGCAGCGGCGCCGAGGCUGCGGGACACGGCGCGGCCAGUCUGCGGGACGGGCCCCGGGUGGAGAGGAGGCCGCGCCGAGGCCAGGCGGCGAGCUCUGAAGCCCGGAGACCCGGGCCGCGGCACAGCUCCCACAUGGCCUCCGGAGGGGGCGCGGCCUUCGAGGAGCUGCCGCACGACGGCACGUGUGAUGAGUGCGAGCCCGACGAGGCUCCGGGAGCCGAGGAAGUGUGCCAGGAAUGCGGCUUCUGCUACUGCCGCCGCCACGCGGAGACGCACGGGCAGAAGUUCCCCCGGCACCACCUGGCCGAGUACGUCCACGGAGCCGCCCAGGCCUGGACCCCGGGAGCCCGUGGGAAUGGGGCGGGAGAGGAAGAAGUCGAGGCCCAGGUAGAGAACGAGAAGGCCCUAGCAAGCGAGGCGGGGGAAGAGAGCGAGUCCGAGGAAGACUGUGAGUCCGAAGAAGAGAGUCAGACGGAGGAGGAGAGCGAAGACGAGAGUGAUGAAGAGAGUGAGGAAGACAGUGAGGAAGAAAUGGAGGAUGAGCAAGAGAGCGAAGCAGAGGAAGACAACCAGGAGGAAGGAGAAUCGGAGGCGGAGGGAGAAACUGAGGCAGAAAGCGAAUUUGACCCAGAAAUAGAAAUGGAAGCGGAGAGAGUGGCCAAGAGGAAGUGUCCGGACCAUGGGCUUGAUUUGAGUACCUAUUGCCAGGAAGAUAAGCAGCUCAUCUGUGUCCUGUGCCCAGUCAUUGGGGCACACCAGGGCCACCAGCUCUCCACCCUAGACGAAGCCUUCGAAGAACUAAGAAGCAAAGAUUCAGGUGGACUGAAGGCGGCUAUGAUAGAGUUGGUGGAAAGGUUAAAGUUCAAGAGCUCAGACCCUAAAGUAACCCGGGACCAGAUGAAGGUGUUUAUACAGCAGGAAUUUAAGAAAGUUCAAAAAGUGAUUGCUGAUGAGGAGCAGAAGGCCCUUCAUUUAGUGGACAUCCAGGAAGCAAUGGCCACAGCUCAUGUGACUGAGAUACUGGCAGACAUCCAGUCCCAUAUGGAUAGAUUGAUGACUCAGAUGGCCCAAGCCAAGGAACAACUUGAUACCUCUAAUGAAUCAGCUGAGCCAAAGGCAGAGGGCGAUGAGGAAGGACCCAGUGGUGCCAGUGAAGAAGAAGACACAUGAAGGCCUGCCAUCCCCAGUGGAAAAUCAUCCCGUCCCCUUGUGUGUAUGUGACAGCGUGUAUGUAACGGCUUCUGAUUCCUGUGAAAGCUGCCCAGCAACAAACGUGCUUCCACCAGAUGCCUCCCCAGAUCCACAGCAGGCACAUAGCUCUCCAAGGAAUGACCAGUUUUACUCUUACUGACUGUGCUUCUCAUUCUCUUGUCGUGAUAGGUCAAAGAAAACGCCCCUUUGAUCAACCAGGAGCAAUUAAAGGGUCCUUCAGGUAAAUCCCUCGAUGGCUGCUUUGAACUUACUCAGGAAAGCCAGCCCCUGUCAUAUUGUAUACCCAAACAGUAUCACUUCAUUAAGAAGGAUCUGGAAUAAUCUUGAAGGGCAGUCAGAAUUUGUUUCCCUACCUGCUAAUAAAACCACACUUUAUUCGUAUUGAAGCAUGGAAUAAAUGAGGGGAAAGUAGGGCCCAAUCAACCCACAUAGUUAGUCUCUAAAAGUCCAUUUAAUACAUCUGUGAAAAUGUGGUUUCAUGAAGUAAUACGGAUGGCUUGAAAACAGACAAAGAGUUAAAAGUUAGAAAUAUAGAGAGAUAUUUUUAGUACAUGAGGUUAUCCAGGAUUUCAGAUUCAUAAUUCAGUGCUGUGGAAAUGAAAAAAAAAAAAGAUUGAAGAGAUAGAAAGGAAAUGACUUUUUUUUUCAAAAAAAAAGGACCAAAGAGAUCUGAUUAAAAGUUGAAAUCAAAAUCAGUAUUUCUGAACUCACAUUGCCUAAGUUUCCAAAAUAGUCACUAAAGGAUCUGAUGGAACCUGAAUUAUUUGAGUGGACUCUGAGGUUUUAUGGGUCUUGUCACAGCAUGAAAGUCUGGAAUGUGUAUUACAAAUGGGAAUUUUCAGUGUAGGUGUUGCUCCCCCUCCCCCAGUUUAGCCUAAUCUGGCUUAAAUGCAGUGUGGGGAGAAUUCUUGGCCCUCUGUGGUGUGUUGAAUCGAGCUCCAUCUCCUGGCAGAUAUACCUUCCUUUUACUCCAGCGGGGACACCUCUUCCCCUGGCUGUCCCCCCCUCCAGGUCAUCUCCCACACGCUGGCUCUCUCCUCUUAAGUAAUGUGAGCAGAGACUCACCGUGGUUGGACUCUGGUCUUUCCCCACUCCCAAAGCACAUUUCCUUACAACCAAGUUUUUUACCCCUAAAUAAGCAAUGAUGUACUACGGAAUACAAAACUGCAAACUAAAAAACAUGCGUCUUCUGAAACAGGAGUUUUACUUAACAAAUGGUUUGGAGUCAGGGAAUGACAUUAUUUUUAGAUAAAACAAACACAGUUAUAUUAUGAAAUAGAAUGUAUACAUAAACAGUAAAGAUAGGAGACUUCACAGAGAAUUUUUAUUUGCGAGUGGGGUGUGUGUUCCCUCUUCUCUGCCUCUAGUGGUAUUUUGGUGUUUGCUUCUGAGAAGUACAAUUGGAACUACAUCCAAGCAGCCUUAGGGUUUCUGUUGACUCAGGACCUAGACUUCUAGUGCCUCUGAGGCAGAACCAAAGGAGCCUGCACUGAGGGAAAUUCCUCUUUUCCUGCCUGCCUGCCUGCCUGCAUGCCUGCCUGCCUGUAUACCUAUCACAAAUCUUUAGGGCCAACUGAUAUGUGUGUGCAGGAUGGUUUUGAGGGAGAAACAAUGCUAACUUACUAUAGGAAUCCUGUCUGUAUCACUGUUCAUUCCUGUGCAUGCUAUGAAAUGAUUGUUUCUUUGAGGCCAGGAAGCUACCAGGUGUAUAUGCUUCUGGGUUAGGAUUACCCUUGCUCACUAAAUAUGUUGUUGGGACAUUGGGGCUGAGAGUAGUUUGGGCUGUUUAAAAAAAAAUAACAAAGUAUUUUUCUCUCAAACUGGUGGCCAACAAAUGACUAAGACAUUUUUGGUGCUUUACCUUUCUGCCCACAAAGACUGGAGAUUUUGGCAUACGACUGAUUACAACCCCCAACCACAUCCAAAGAAACUACUCCUAAAGGAGGACCAGUGGCCAUUCUUAAAAGAGUUUAAAAAUCAGAAUAUUAAGAAGAUUUUAGGAUUUGGAAGCUUGUGUUGUCUUUCCCCAGUAAGUAUUGUUUAAUCUCCAAGUAGUAGCCUUAUUUUAGCAAUGGACAGAUCACUGGCUCCUCCGUACCUGAUCAUAUGUUAUUACUUUAAAUCAGUAUUUGGGAAACCCAGGCAUUUAUGCAAUGGAUAUGAAUGGAAAUACAAACAUACGUGCCAGCCUGUCUCAGUAAAUUAUCAUACUCUGUAAUCCUCAAGGAAAGCACUUUUGCUUUUACUUAGAAAGGAUUCAGAUUUGCUUUAUGGGCUCCUGCUGUUUUCAGCACCUGAUAAAACUUUAACCAGGGAAGCAUUAAACACAGCUCAGCAGCUUCUGCCCAGGCUCCUGAGUUCCUGCCGGCAGCAUUUAUCAGUGUAAGAACUAAGAUGCUUCCUGCAGUGGCACCAGCUUCCCCAGAGCUGGGGCAUGCUUCUCGGCCUUAAGCCCCAGCAUGAUGAGACUUUCCUCCUACCAGGUCAGUAAGAGUUGCUUACAACUGUGUCCUAACUGGCUGCAGAGUUUGCAGAAAUCCCUAGGGAGAAGUCAUCAAGGGAGGCAGGUAAUGAAUGUCUUCAGAAUGCAUUGGGUCCUCACAGCAAUCCCUGGAUCCCUUCCAGAGGUUGGGUAUCUGGAGGCUGAGGGGGUUUGUCCUUUGAUUUGAUUGUCAUUAAAUCCAGGGCAAUUCCAAGAAUUGCUUGGAGUCUCUGCUCUGACAGCCUAGAAAGGGAAAUGACUUAAAAUAUUGAGGACUACCUAUGAGGACCCAUUUCUCAGAUGAUAAUACAGAUUUGGAGGGCAAGAGUCACUUGCCUUGAGUUAUACAGCUAGGACGUAUUGGAGCCAGGUUUUGUACCCGGCUCUUCCUAACUCUGUGUAUGCCUAAAACAUAGAGAGAGAAAAAGGCUGCAGGUUCCCCCCCUGCAGUCUGACCAUUCCACUGUGGAUUCUUUUUCAAAAUUACAUUUUAUGGCUAUAGUUGAGGCUCAGAAAUGGCAGCAGGGUAGCCUUAUUCUUCUACUUUAGCAGAUACAUUAAGUACACAUUGCUAACUUGAGCCUGCCCCCAGGAGUUGGAGGACACCUUUCCUUUUUGGUGCCAUCCCCCAUAAAUACAGUGUUCUUAGGCCUUCAGGAGUAUGGAACUUCUCAGAAAUAGUAAACGUGAGGCGUGUUCUGGCCUCUGACUUUAUUUGAAAAUGUCAGCUGCUACACUGCUGCAGAAAAGGAAAUCUUCAUAUUUUAGUAAACCUAGCCAGUCUGUGAGGAUAUGGUAAUUAAAAGUCCCGUGAGCACAGACUUUCCUGCUAACACCUGAUGUGUAUAUGUACACACACACACACACACAUGCAGUUUAACAACUAAGAGAAAUUCAGAGCAGCCGCCGCCUCAUUAUCUCACAUACCACUGCAGAGGUUUCUGCCAGCCCUGAUUACAAGUGUCACCAGAUAAUGGGGCUUAGUUGCUUGCUUACAAGAUGCUAACAAGAAGAGCAACUCCUUGGCAAAGGUUGUCAGCUCCUAAAGCAUUGAGCCAAGGUGACAGCCCUGAGGGAAAUCGCACUCCAGCCCUACUCCAAGGUGUCUAAUGAUAUGGGAAAUUUGGACACCCAGACUUUUUGGUGACCUGAGAGUCUGACCACUGUAGUCAGGCCUGAGGGCACGGCUGCAGAAUUCACGACUGAUAGGAGUGGCAGGGCUUAGGAAGUCCUCUCCUCCACCUAGAAAAUAUUCUCUUGCCAAUACCUGAAAUGCCACACUCAGCAGCUGUUCAACACAUGCUUUUCGAUAAGGAAAUUAGGUGCAUGUUUACGGUGUGCCUAGCACAACUGGAAUUUUCUGUUUAAAAAACAAAUCUAUCUCAUUAUGAAUGGACGCAGCCCAGCCCUGAGAGAAAAGAAGGCCUGCAGGGGAGGCUUCAGAUCUCAUUAAUAUUGCCUUACCCAACGGUGUUUCUGAAGCCCCACCACAGCCCGUUCCAAGAGCUGUAAGGCCCAUGGGGACUGCCUAGUAAAACAGUAACAUUUGGAGCCAAGAACACAUGAGAAACAGCAGAACAAGCACCAGGGCAGGAAAAUAAAAAUAAAUUAAGACACUAGUGGGUAUACUGGUACAAAAAGUGCCGCAGAGCCCAUGCUGGGCUUGAUAUGACCUUGAGGGGACAGUAGAUUUAUACUUAACGGGACUUAAACCUGACCAAUCUUUCUACAGUGACAGGCCAGACUGCGUGGAUGGGGAGAACCAACAAACGCAUUGUCCUCUGCCUGUUUUCCUGUGCACAGUCACAUUCCCUCCUCAGUCAUCUUCCUCUUUCACACUUUACAUUAAACAAGGGAACACUCAGUCUUUCAUGGGAAUUACACAUUUUAGUUAAUGUUUCAGUAUAUCAUUUUCAUACUGUAAAUUAUUUUGUAAGAGAGAUUUACUGCUCUUCCAGGAUGUUUGGACUCAGUGUCCCUGUGCAUUUGGAAAUCAAUAAACUAUUACUGGAAAUACCAUUUGUCUCUCAGAGUUGUGCACAAAGGACCCUGCUAGGUGUAAAUAUUCAUGGUGAUCUGCAUUGUUAACCGCGAUAAUGCUGGAGAUGAUGGCGUUUUGGUUAUGAGAGGCGGGACACUCAUUUGCCCCUGACUUCUCUAGCAUAGCUUAGGAGAUCUCUGGGAGUGGCAAAAGGACAGACUUAAAGUCAUUGUUAUUUAAAGAAAUGUUUUCCCCUCAAAGUGAAAUGAUCCAUGCCUAGUUAAAUUUUCUGAGCAAAGUAGAUUAUAAAGUAAAGAAUGCUUGGUCCUGAAUGAUGUUUUCAAAUAACGUUAAAGCUUUACAAUUUGGAUCAGCCAGGGGGGUGGUCAAACUUUAAUUUUUACCAUAUUUGCUAGAAAUAAAACCUUCAUAGAGCAAAUUACAGUUAGGCCAGCAAAAUCAUCUUUGGGGAACCUUAGAAGUACACAUUUGAUAUAACUGAUGAAGAGAUAGAAUUAAGUUCUAAAUGAAGCAAUUCUGGUCCAGUUUGUAAUAUCAGGAGCAGAGGAUGCGUUGAAAUCAAGAGGCAAAAUGUGAAAACUCAAGAAGUAGAUACUGUAUGAAUUAGAAAGUACAAUUCCUACCUAAAGGCAUUACAAUUCAGUUUUUAAAAUCCAUCCUUAAAACCCACCAGCAAGUGUCUGGAGGAGCUGCAGUUUAUGAACCCUGCUGUAAAAAAAUUUUUUAACAAAUUUGUCUCCAUGGAGUUUGUCUUUUUUAGGCCUUGUUUUGUACAGUUUGCAAAGUACAGUGUACAGUGAGGGAAGGAGGGUUAAGGUGAGCAGUGAAAUUCUCUUCUGACCUGAAACUGCACUUUUGGAAGGAGGAAGCUAUUAGACUUGCUUUAUCUCCUUUAUUCCAAGGCCAUAAAUAAUGAAAUCACCAGGAGAGGCAAAGCCAUGGCUUCUUUUGCCAUAGUCUUAGAAUCCCAAAAGUCAGCCAACUCUGGCACUGAGUCUGUAAUUUAAUUAAACAUCUUGAAGGCGUCUCCAACAGCUUGACAGUAGGCCAGCUUCAUAUUCUUGGAAAGGGACUGCAGAGUGAGCUUGUCUGUUUUACAGUUCAUUUACUGAGUUGAACCCUCAUGGCCAUAGCAUACCAUUUGCCUUACAAAAAUGGCCCACAACCUUCAUACCAUUUUAGGGAGUCACUCACAACUCAUCUACCUAUGGCUCAGUCAGCUUCACCUCUCCCUAUUUCUUAAACAUGAAAUCUGCACAAGUGGUUUGACAGUGAGUAAUUGAGACAGAACUGGAAAAAUCUGAAACCUCUGCUGGACCCAUUCAAAAAUGACCGAGAACUAAGAAGUGAGUGAACAAGACUUCUGACCAGUUGAAAUAAAUAGUAUGAAGCAAACACAUAAGAGAAAGGCCAUCUGUCUACCCAUAAAGCACCUACUGAGAACCUAUUUAUUCCUGUUUCACACAUAGUUCUAAAUGUUUGCUGUCUGGUUUCCAAGCCUACAGCAGAUUAAAUUUAAGGGCGGGAAACAGAUUUCUAGAGGAAACUUAACUCAAGAAGGAGAAGGAGUUGACAGCAAUAGAGAAGACAGAAAAAGUUUAAGUAGACUGUGCUCAAAAAGCACUGUUUUAGGGGGGCAUUUAGUGCCCCAAAUAGCUCUUUACACAUCUCAGUUUCUAAACACCUUAUAUCAUAGGACUGUGUAAUUAUACUCAAAGUGAUGACCCUGAGCAUCACACCUAAAGAAACUAAGUUAUGCUCAGAAUAAAGCAAGAAUUUGCAUAUCAAACAUUUUAGAAAUAUUUCUAUCACAAAGGUAAAGAAAAAUGAAACAAAUUCCCCUUUUAGGGGUUCAAGGAAUAAACCUUGGACUAUCCAGAAUAUUUAGUUAAAACAAAACAUCCCCCACCUUAGGUUUUAUUGUUCCAGGAGCCUCUUGUGUUUAGAGAGUUUUUUCAUAGCUUUGUAAGUGACUUUCAUGCUGCAGUGCUUUGCAUAUAGUGGCAUGAACAAUGAAGUGCCAAGUUUCCAAUUGAUGAAUAAAACUAAUAACCAGAAUACAGGUCAAAUCCUGUUACAACAAGUACUGCUACUAUAAAAAUCACUAAAGCAUCCCUGUUAUCUCUCAGCCCCUGUCAACUGUCCAUUCAUUUCAAGCAAUAGUCAUUAGAGCAAAAUUGGGGUAUAAUAAAAAGAAACUGGACCCUCACCACAAGUUGGGUAUAAAACAAUUUAACCUGUAAUACCAGGUUCUUACUUGUAUUUCUCCAGUUCUUAGCUGAAAGAAAAAUAAAUCUUAUGUAGACGUAAUAGCAGCCUGGGAAGCUGGUAUUUAGUAGUUGUUGCUAGGAGAAGGAAGAAUUCAGAAGCAAAGGACACAUGGAGCUGUGUGGCAAACCCUCACUAGGGAAUUUGGUCUCCAGGGCCACUUUUGACCUUAAUCCACAUUGGAGCCAUCAACCACAGAGUCACUUGCUUCUAAUAGUGAUGUAAUGCAUAUAUUAAGCCCUGGAAUGAAAACAUGAUUCACUUCCCAUGGGUCAUUGAGCCCUUUGUGGCAAUCUGGCCCUGAUCCGAUGACCCUGAGAUAAAGAAAUUGAGAAACAUGUGACUGGAACUGUCCUUUAUCCCAAGAUGCACUGCUUUCAACACUGUUGAUUGUAUAUAGAAAUGAUGUAAGUUAAUCAGCUGCAUUCCAUUUGGUAUACAGGCAAAGAUUUUUCUCUGCCUAUCCAUCUGCUUGUGGUAAUGAUGAGUUUUGACAUUUGCUAUAAUUUUCUCUUUUUUCUACUUUCUUUUUUUCUUUCUGUCUUUCUCUUUCUUUUACUUAAACACUUUUUAUGACUACAUUGCAACCAAUAUUUUGUAACACCCUUAGCAGCAGAAGGCGUUAAAUCAUAGUUCAUGUCUGAACAGUACAAUCAGCAAUAGGAAAAGGAGUGGGGAGGGAGAGGGAAAUUGUCCACCUUUUCCUGAUGAUAAUGCCUGGCUCAGGCCCCAGAUUCACAUCAUACUGUGAAGAAGUUCAUAAAUUCUGGGCACUGCUCAGCCUGAGGAGGCAGGCAGUAUCCCUUCAUACCUCAGGGUGAGAUGAAUGGUCUGUUGAAGUCAUGCCAUUACAGAAUACGUUCACCUCUGCUUGCUUUCUCCCCCAAGCCAGAAUGUAGUUAAACAUUUACAUGUCCCAGGCCAGAAGAUCAGGUUAUGAGGAGCUUGAAUACUUGGCUUGGCUCUUGAAAACAUUGAGUCCAAGUGUAGUUCUCUGGCUUGAGGGUCGCCAUUUGCUGCCUCACCAUUUUAUUAGGACAUCUGGAGAUUGCAGGUGUUAAUUGGAAAUAAUUUUCUGUAUUUGGUUUCUCUCCACACAUUCAGGCUUCUAGGACCUUUUGACCCAGUUGGAUGGCUAUAUCCUAAUAUCAGAUUCAGCCUAUUCCAAGUGGGAAGAACCAUGAUAGACAAGUAAGAUUGCUCUUUGGCUUGGUGGCGGUGGUGGUGUUGACUCUGUCAGUGGGGUGAUUGUGGGUGGCCAUGAUGGUAAAGAAACCACUGAUGACAAUAAAAAUGGGUAUUUUCUCAGCACUUAAAAAACCAAUUUCUAUCUGCUAACAGGGGUUCUGAUCUCUUUUCCCCAAACUCCUUUUUUCCCUAGAAGAUACUGGCCUGUCUGAUCAAAAAAGAGCAUUCCUUCUGAGACCACACCUAGCCAACUUAUGGCCAAACUAUACUUGCCUGUUAAUUUACUCAGAACUAGGUUGCCUUUUAAACCUCUUUCCCCACCUCUGGCAUGAGGACAAGACAUGUGGAGGAAGAAUUAGGUCACCUGGGGGUCCACUGUAGCAUCUGGUUAAGUGGUGUAAAGAAGCCAAGAUUUCUAGAAGUGUCUGUGUUUUGUCAUUUCCGAGAUGGUGAGAAAAUCCGUCUGGAGUGUUUAUGCCCCUCUUCAUAGCCAAGCCGUGGGCUUUCUUUUGUAUCGUGCUACCGAGGUUAGUCACCGCCCUCAGAAGGGAUGAUUUCACGAUGACUUACUUCCUAGUAAUCACUGGAACAGUCUCACGAGGAUGUGCACAGCUGCUGCGUUUGUUUGGGCCUGGCACGUUCUCAGAUGGCAGACUUGCAGAACAAAUGAGAAGCCUGGCCUGGUUCACAGGCAGAGUGAUCCAGAGUUCAGGCUUCCCCUUGCCUUUUAUCCUCCGCCCUCCUUCCUCUGUUCCUCCACCUCCUCUUCUUCCGGUCUCUCCAUCUGGAAACCAUGAGCCUCAUGGAUUCCAGGCACAAUUCUCAGAUUUCAGAUGUUUGGGAAAUGUCUUUGCUUGGGUCAUUCUUCAAGAGUAAGAGAAUUCAAUUUGGGAGGAAAAACAGCUGAGACCCUUCCUUGCACAGAAGAGAAAAUAAAUAAGGUGUGGUACAUAUCCAUCCCCUUAGCCACUCAGUUCUAAACCCACACACAAUGUCUGAUUUCAGGAAAAAUACUGAGAUUCCCUCCUGGGAGGGAACAGAAUGGAAAAAACAAAAUCUCCACUCCUAAAAACAUACUUUUCUCCCUUCCGAGGUAUCAACAUAACUGGCCUCAGAUAAUAGGAUGUAACUGAUUUUGUGUGUGGUGUUGGGGAGGGUCUCUGGAGGGUGGAACUAAGAGUGCUGGAAUGAAGUGAAAAGUAAAAUGUAGCCUAAGUUGUUAGGGAGGAACUGUUCACGUUAAGAACCACUUAACCCCAGUGUUGCAUCUCCAGGAAAAAGAACAAUGUGUGGUCUUCUGUCCUUGGAAAAUAGAAUGAGCUUUCUCCUAAUAAAUACUGGGUUUUAGAAGCAGACAGACUUGGUUCUAGUACUGGCUCUGUCCUUAACUAACUCUGAGGAAUUAAAGAAGCAGCUGGAUCUGUGGGGCUUAGUACAGUGCCCGACACAUAGGAGGAACUUAGUAAGUGGUAGCUUACGACCACUAUGUAUUGUGAUGACCAUCGCUCAUCAAGAUGGAGUCCUCUUGGGGCUGUAGGUGGAGCCUGCCCUCAUGUUGUCCCACACUGGCUUGUCUGCGCAGCCUCUCGCUCCUCCCCAAGGCUACUUCUUAGCCCUCUCUACCACACCCACCCAAUUACACUUUCAUGUCAAUUAGAAGGAUCUCAAAUUAUAUGUAUUUAUUUGUUCAUAUGGUUACUGUCUGUACUUCUUUGAAGCUUGUAUUGUUUGUUCUCUGCUGUAUUAGCAAUGUCAAUGAAA